AUGAUCAAGGGUGGAGCGGCAGUCACUGCAGUUACAGUGGUGAAUGCGGCUGGUGAUGGAGGAGUGAAGAGGGAGGAGAGGUUGGCGGUGAUGUUGCUGGUGGUUGGAGCUGGACAAGGACAAGGAACAAACAGCACGGGGCAGGACGAGGGAGUUGCCAGCCAGCCCACAGCAACCGGAGGAGGCGGAGAGGGAGACGGAGAGGGAGGAGGGAGGAGGGAGGAGGCGAAUUCCCAGGCAGAAUUUCGGUUGUCCUGCUUACUCUUCGUCUUCUUCUCCUCUCUAUUAAUGCCAAUCGUCGUCCCUAUCUAUCGUCCUGCUGUGAGUGUUGAGCAGCAGCAGCAGCGGCAGUGUCGCUUGUGUUGUCGUUUCUCGCCUGUUGCUGUGGAUUGUGCCAAUGAGCAUUUCUCCAAAUGA